CCCACAUUCAGAAAGUAAAAAAUUAGCCAACUUUUAGCAGAAAGUGUUGUGAGGAAUAAGUGAAGAGGAAUGGGGAGCAAAGAAAGGAGGAGCGAGUUCCAAAUGCCUCUGCACUAUCCCAAGUACAGCAGAAAGGAGUACCAAGACAUGCCGGAGUGGGCGGUGGAUAGGCUUCUGGCCGAGUAUGGGCUGCCUGCCCACGGCGACUUGGCGCAGAAACGACGCUUUGCCAUGGGGGCAUUCCUCUGGCCUGACAAUAGCAAUGCUGUUGUGGCUGCUGCAGCUCUCCGCAAGAAAAAUGUCUGACUAUAAUAUGCUGAAAUGCAAUUUAUUGCCCGCAAGAUAUGAACAAAAAAAUUCCUGUGGAAAAAAAUAUAGUAAAUUACUUGCUGUGUUUUGGAUAAUGAAGUAAAUUAAUCCUCAUGUAAGCUAUUGAUAAUGGGCAAUUUACUUUAUUUUUCAAAAGAUGAGAGGGUAAUUUGCUAAUUUUUUUUAUUAGGAAUUUUUUGUUUUGCUUAUAUCACGGGAUAAAUUACAUUUAGCCCAAAAUUUGCUAUCUGCCUUAGAAUAAUUUGGUCAGAGGCAAAUUAUGAGAAAACAAUGUUGUGAAUGUAUAAAUUAGGGACUAUUAUAUGAUGCAAAUUACAUAAGGGAAUAAGAGGUGGAAUUAAAUUGAUUAA